GAAGGGCAUCAGGUGGUAGUUCAUGGCGUCCAGCAGCAGCUUCUGGCAGACCGGGUCGGUGCGCAUGAAAUCCACCGACUGGACCCGCUCCACCAGCUCCGGGGCGGGGAUGAGCGCAAAGCGAAGGCGCUUCAUGAGGUCGGGCGCGUACUGCAUGCGGGUCUCACGGUCGUGCUCCAGCCACAGCACGGACAUCUGGAAAAGUGCCAGCUCCGACUCCACGGGGGGCGGCAGCGAGUCCAGCAGGGCACGCAUCUCCUCGAAGUUAAGCAACAGCACAUCCUCCACCAGGUACUUGUUGGCCAGCUUCUUGGUCUCCUCCAGGCCGUGCAGUGCGGCGAUCUUGCACACCUGCUUGUAGUUCUGCACCGAGAUCUGGUCGUUGAGGAACUGAACGCAGAGCUUGGUGACCUGAGGAAUGUGCAGGAUUUUGCUGACCGACAGCACCUCCUCCACGGUGUCCAGGGACAGGGUCACGUUGGCCGUGUAGAGCAGGUUGAGACCGUGCAGCAGGUUGUCACUGUGGCUGGGGUCGAAGGUGGAGGUCCUGUCCCCGGAUCUGGACAUGGCGAGCUGACUCUGCGCACCUGGCUUUAAACCCUCCUCCAACCUGGCAGACAGGGGUGGGGGAUGGGAGGGGGAGCAGGGAGGUGAAGGGGGGUGGGGUGUGGCCGGGGUGGGGAAGGGUGUGGAGGGGAGAGAGGAACAACAGUCAAGGCCCCGCUUGGCUCCCUCCCUGUGCGCUUAGGAUGCGAGCCUAAGAGGGAGGUGUGAAGGCGCCCGGUCCUGAGCGCCUCCUGAAGGGUCCUCGUCUGGGGUCGGGACUCCGGUUCUGCUCCUUGCUACCUCUUACACUCUUCGCCCCUCACUUUCCUAAAAGCACCCAGGCUCCUCUCUUGGCAGCGACGGCGGUGACAGCAGCGGCGGCAAAAGUGGAGGCUGAGGCCGUGACACCUCGUGGGCUCGAGUCCAUGCCCAGCUGGAUGAACGGAAAGGCCGGGAGUGGGGAGUCAGGGGGUGCCCCCAGAGCUCAGAGGCGACCGACGGCGGCGGUUCCAGGGCCGAACAAGAAGGGACCCUCUUGCCCGCGUCCCGCCCGCGCGCCCGCCGGGACCACCGCCGCCGCCGCCCGGCUCCGAGGGACCCGCCGGACCUGCCCCUUCCGCUGCGGCUCACUCUGCCUUGCCGGGCGCCGCUUCUGGAUCGCCGGCUUCUCAUUCCUACCAGGCUGGGCUCCUCUCCACUCACUUUCCCAUCCUGUUCCAGGCUGGCGACUUCGCUGCUGAGCUGAAACUGCUAAUUUCUGUGACCAGCUUUUUUCUUAGCUGUGAUCUGGAUGAAUGAGUAGCUGUCUCACAGAGAUGACAAAAAUAAACUCUAAUCCCCCCCAAAAUUUCCACUACAUCUUUCUCAUGCAUAGAUUUAUGAUCUUCAAGCGCUCUGUGCAAUAUGCAAA